GUAUUAUGUCAAUGACAAAAUAAUUUUAAUCACGAAAAUUGAAGUUUAUAGAAAAAAGAGCUAAGAUUAACAUAUUUAUCUAAUCAAUAAUAACAACUACGCAUGAACUUUUGACUUUAAUUUACAUAAUAAAUUUUAUAAUGAGCUCAGAAGCGAACGUCAACACACAAGCAAACGUUGUGUCGGAAAUUAAUAUGUCUAAAAUUAACGAUAAAAAAGUGACGAAGACAAUAGUCACGUCACCAAAUAUUUAUAAACCUGUUGGACCAUAUAGCCAAGCAAUCCUUGCAGAUAAAACUCUUUAUAUAUCCGGAGUGCUGGGCCUCGAUCCUCAAGCUCAGCUAGUAUGUGGUGGCGCAGAGGGACAAGCUCGACAAGCACUAGAGAAUUUAAAACAUGUCUUAGAAGCAGGCGGUUCCUCACUCGAAGCGGUUGUAAAAACAACCAUACUACUAAACAAUAUUGAUGAUUUUCAAGCUGUGAACCAGAUUUAUGCACAAUAUUUUACCAAAAACUAUCCAGCACGAGCCUGUUACCAAGUUGCCAAGCUGCCUCUAGGUGCGGCGGUUGAGAUCGAAGCAAUAGCUCUGUGCGGAGACCUCGUCGUAGCUGAAGCGGGUCCAUGUCCCUGUGCCCGCAUAUAACAAUAAAACGAAAUCUACACCAAAAUUUUUGAAACAUUUAAUCUUAUAUAAAUGUGCACGAGCAAAUAUAAUAUACGCCUUACCUUUAAAAUAGCAAUCCAGGAAUUUUUGUAAUAUUAGAUGCAGAAAAAGCGACAAGUUAUGGCUAGUAAAAAUGAUUAAUAAAAAUAUUUUUAUCCAGA